GAGUGACGCGUAGAUGAUAAUUAAAGUGAGUAUGCUGGAAAAGAGACUUUUUUGAAUUAGUUGAUCUUUCUUCUUCCUUCUUUGUGUGUCUUUUUAUAAGCCAAUUUAAGUGGCCUCGUUGAAUUUUUGAGCCGGUGAUUGUUUAUAAGUGAAUAAGAAAAGUAGAAGAGACAGGUGUGCUUUUCUCUUCAAAAUUGAGUAGAGAAAUGGAGAAACCAGAAGAAGAAGUGGUUGAGAUGAAGGAACUUGUAGGGCUUGUGAGAAUCCGAGUGAAGAGAGGGAUCAAUCUUGCUCGCCGAGACGCUUUAAGCAGCGACCCUUUUGUCAUCAUAACCAUGGGUCCACAGAAGCUCAAGUCUUUUACUGUGAAAAACAACUGCAACCCAGAGUGGAACGAGGAACUGACCCUUGCGAUUGAAAAUCCCAACGAGCCUGUAAAUAUGAUGGUGUAUGAUAAAGAUACAUUUACAUCCGACGACAAGAUGGGAGAUGCGCAGAUAGAUAUCAAACCGUUCCUAGAGGUUCACAAACUUGGUUUGCAAGAACUUCCAGAUGGUAAAGAGCUCAAGAAGAUUCAUCCCACCAGAGACAACUGCUUGUCUGAAGAGAGCAGGAUCGUCUCAGAUAACGGCAAGAUUGUGCAGAACAUGGUUCUUGUGUUGAGGAACGUCGAAUGUGGCAAAGUCGAGAUUCAGCUUGAGUGGAUUAAAAAUCCAGGUGGUUGUGGACUCUGAACAGAGAUGAAGUCUCUUUAUGAUUUCUCUCACUUUCUCUGUAAAAAUAAAUAAAAAGAAACCUCAGUUUGUUUUGUUUUGUUUUGGGUUUCAGACAAAGUAACAAUAAGUAGAAACAGAGUACUUAACUUACUCUGCUUUGUAAUUGAAAUAUUUUGGUUUUAGAUCUAACCAAAACCGUUUUUAUUCUU